AUGGCCAUCACGUGGCAGCCUCCCUUGAAUUACAGGAGCAGACCUGUUGCGGUGUUGGGUGCUGGCGUUCUGGGUCGUAGAAUAGCUUGUAUCUGGGCAUCAGCAGGAUACAAUGUGCGAAUACGAGACCCGAGUGCACAGCAGCGAAGCGACGGCAUUGCCUAUGUUGAAGAAAAUGUAGCGGCAUACGCCCAGAAGACCGGAAAGGCUCCAGGCAAAGCACAGGCGUUCGAAAACAUACAAGAAGCUGUUGAGAAUGCUUGGCUUGUUAUAGAAGCUGUUCCGGAAAAGAUUCAGCUAAAGAUUGAUACUUUUGCUGAACUGGACGCCCUUACCCCGGCCGACUGCAUUCUGGCCUCGAAUUCAUCCUCAUACAAAUCGUCCGAAAUGAUUGAGAAAGUGUCUGCUGCUAGAAAAACUCAGAUCUUGAACAUGCACUACUAUAUGCCUCCAAUGUGCAUGGUUGUGGAACUCAUGACGGACGGUUUCACGGCGGGAGAUAUCUUCCCAUUCAUGGUUGAGCGAUCAAAGGAAGCCGCGACAUUGCCGUAUGUUGCGAGAAAGCAGUCGACAGGCUUCAUCUUUAACCGCCUCUGGGCCGCUAUCAAGCGCGAGUCUUUGACGAUUCUAGCUGAAGGGGUUUCCGUUCCAGAGGAAAUUGAUUCUCUAUGGACAGAAAUGUUUAUAAAAGGCGGCGCACCACCUUGCAAGUUGAUGGACGAUGUCGGACUUGAUACGGUGGCCUUUAUCGAAAGCCAUUACAUUGCAGAGCGCGGACUCUCUUCCGAGAAGACUGUCGACUUUUUGCAAGCUCAAUACCUGGACCAGGGUAAACUGGGAGCUAAGAGCGAGAAAGGCGGCUUCUAUCCUUCCUCAGAGGUCAAGUCUACCACGACUAAUGGCGACUUGAGCGAGCCCAAAAUCGUUGUCUUGGAUGUUGGCUUGGCUGCUGAUGUGCCCAACCUACGCUCAGGAGGCCAAAUUCUCCAACUAGGCCUGGACGGAAAGGUUCAAAAAGUGCUGGUCAGCGGCACGUCAAUGCCUGAUGGCCUAGAUAUAGAUCACGAAAGCGGCCGUAUGUUCUGGACCUGUAUGGGUGUUCCGGGAAACAAUGAUGACGGCGCCAUCUACUCAGCGAACGUUGAUGGCACCGAUGUCCGCACCGUCCUUUCUCCCGGUUCUGUCAACACCCCCAAGCAGCUGGCCGUUGACCGUGAGUCGAAGAAGCUUUACUUUUCUGAUCGUGAGGGCCUCUCGGUAUUCCGAUGCAACUUUGACGGCUCCGACCUGGAACUGUUGAUCAAGACUGGGGACGCUGAGAACCCGGAGGACAAGGAAGACCAGACCAAGUGGUGCGUUGGCAUCGCUGUGGUCCCCAAGCUGGGCAAAUUCUACUGGACCCAAAAGGGCCCCUCCAAGAGCAACAAAGGUCGCAUUUUCUCCGCCAAUAUUGCAACUCCCGCAGGCCAAUCUGCCCAAUCAAGAGAUGACGUUGUUUGCCUCUUGAGCGCUCUUCCUGAGCCAAUUGACUUAGAGGUGGACGAAGAGACGAAUAUCCUCUAUUGGACUGACCGUGGCGAAAUGCCUUUCGGAAAUACGUUGAACAAGGCUCAGUUGGACGGAGCUGGACUUUUGGCGAAGUCUGCCUCUCCCAGGGGAUAUGAGAUUCUCAUAAAACAUCUCAAGGAAGCGAUUGGCCUCAAGCUGGACACCAAGAACGGUCACAUUUAUGUGGCUGAUCUGGGUGGCUACAUUUACCAGUGCGAUCUUGAUGGGCAGAAUAAGAGGGUUAUUCACUCAGACGACUACCGGGCUUUUACUGGCAUUAACCUCUUGUAA